CAGUCGUUCAGACACUCAACCUGCAACUCAGUCGCAACGUUUAUUAUGGUAUAUCAUCAAAUAUAAAAUGGAAUAGCUACAAACAAGUGUAUCAAGUUCAAACAAUGACAGAACUGAACUUCAUCCUUGUGUUCGUUCACGUGAUGUCUUCUGGGCCUGGGACACAUGCAGUAAAAGCAACUAAGGUGGUCUAUCUUGCGGCGGAGCACGACAACAUCGCCAUCAGUUGGGACUUCCAUGUCCAGACUGAUGUAUCUUCCACCACCUUGAACUGUAUUGAGAUUUCACAUCAUUCUAGGAUUCUGUUUCUGAUGGUAAGGGGGGAUGAAGUCGCAGAAUCUCAAGAUCCUCAGUUUAGAGGACGAGUUCGUUGUGACAAAGACGCUCUCAAAGAUGGUCAGAUUAAGUUCAGACUGUCCAGACUGACUCCAGAAGACUCUGGAAGUUACGUCUGUAAGCUGACACACUUUGACCGGACACUAAGAAGAACAGCUGUUCAAGCUUCUGUAAACUUGGUCUUGAAUGUGGACAACUCUCCUUCAGCUCAGAAACCUCCACCGUCAAGACCGAUGGUCACUAAAAAGCCACCUACUGAAGCACCAUCAACAGACAUGAAAUGGGGUAUGGUUCUAGCGAUUCUUGGACUAGUUGCUGUUGUUGGACAUUUGUCCUGUUGUUUGACAACUUUUUGUAGACGAUAUAACAAGGAUCAACGACAGGAUAACAGGCUUCAACAACGGGACGCUCUCAUCGACCUCCUGAUCAACGUCAACACGCCCUGAUCCAGACACUCCUCUGAUGACUCCACAGACCAACCAACAGGCAGAGGACAACUUGGUUGAGGACUGACUAGAAGUCAGCUGUCUGAUCUUUGAUCAGGUUUGACUGACUCAGUGUUUCUUAAUUCCAGUCCCUGGGACCCCUGGAUGUUUUAGACCAGUAGUCUUCAACCCAGGUUCAAUUCAAUUCAAUUUUAUUUUUAUAGCUCUAUUACAACAAAAGUUGUCUCUAGACGCUUUCCAGAGACCAGAACAUGACCUCCGAGCAAUUAUUACAUAAACAAUGGCAGGUAAAAACUCCCCUAGUGGGAGAAAAACCUUAAGCCAAACAGUGGCAAGAAAAACUCCCCUUUAGGAUGAAGAAACCUGGACCAGGACCAGGACCCUCCUGCCGGAGGCCAGACUGGGGGGGUCGGCAGGCCAGGGCAUCAGCAAGCACACAGCAGACAUCCACACAGGCAGGUGGAAGCAGCAGUGGGGUGAUCAGAGUGGGGGACUGCAGGCCAGCAGCUCCUGAAGCUCCGGCCUGCAAACAUGCACAAAAGAGAAAAAAGGGGGCCAGCACAAGAAAGUACAGGAAGGAUGGACAAAAAUGAUGGCUAGGAGAUACUUAUAAUAAAUAAAAAAAUGGAAGAGGAGAAGAGAAGAAGGAAAGAGGAGAGGAGAAGAAGGGUGAGAGGCACCGCCCAGCGGAUCAUGUCGGUGCCCCCCUGCAGCAGAGGCCUAUAGCAGCAUAUCUACCAUGAAGCUAUGUUUGAGACUAACUAUUAUAGUCUUGUUCUAUAGCUGCAGCUAUGACUACUGACUCUAACACACUAGACUUUACACAAACUAGAGGUCCUGGAAAUAUACUGUCCUGGAUGUUUUAGAUGUUCUCUGUUUCAGCACAGCGGAUUUUAAUUAAUGGACUUCACAAGUUUGUCAUUAAGGUUUAUAAAAUUAAUUUGUAUGAGGGUGUGUUACGUAAUACAGGGAAACAUUUAAAACAUGCAGGAUAGUGGUUCUCCAGGACCAGACUUGGCUAUCCCUGACGUAGUCUGUGUCAUUUUGCAAUAGACAAAAAAUUGGAUUUACCUCCCUUUUCAAAUGACUUAACCAUUUGGUUUCAGAUGCCAUUGUGAAAAUCCAGCACCUCCAUAUGUAGUUUAUAUUUCAGGUCUAAAGGAACAAAUUAAAUAGAUAAUAGAAUAUUUUGGGAUAAAGGACUCAGUGAGUGAGUCAUACAAUACUAAAUAGUUUAAACUUUUAUACACCACUCAGGGAAAGUCUUCGAAUUAAAACUUUUCUUCUACAUGCCUUUCGAAGGCAUGUAGAAGAAUAUUCUAAGAUGUAUUUUUCUUUAAACUUUUGUAACCUUUAAGAAUUUUUACACAUAAUGUUUUAUUUGUUUUGCCCCGUUAACAAAUAAAACAUGAAAUGGGCAGCAAAAUAUGAUGUUCACAUGUGGACGCCAGGUCUCCGGGGGUUAAGCUAGUCUUGAUUGAUGAUGUAAUUUAUUGAAUCUUUCAACUGUACUGUAAUUGUUUUAGAAGGAGCUGCUGUGUUCAGUCAUCCGUUCCUAAGAACACUCAAUGUGCUACUUACUGUCUUAAUUUGACAUUAUAUCCCCGUAUGUUGUUGUAUAUAUGCACUGUACAGAUAUAUUUUUCUAUCCUUUGAUAAAAAUGUUUUUGACAUUUUUUAUGUUAAUGGU